GUAUAUGCAAUUCAUUCAUUAUCAACAAAAGUAGAAAUUAAGAGAUGGAAAAAACAUGCCUAGUUCUAUUGCUUUGCUUUAUUCUUAUGCCAAUAACUCAAGGGGUUGAAUUUGGGCCCAAAGCUGUUGAAAAAUGGUUCAAGAAGCUUCCUCAUGCAAAGCAAAAGGUAACUAAAUUUCAUUUCUAUUUUCAUGACAUAGUUAGUGGGAAAAAUCCAAGUGCAGUUCCAAUAAUCCAGUCCACAUCCCCAAUUUUUUUUGGGUAUGUUGCAAUGAUAGACGAUCCAUUAACAGUUGGACUUGAGCCCGACUCGACUAUAGUGGGUCGAGCCCAAGGGAUUUAUGGUGGAGCAGAUCAAAAUGAAGUUGCCCUUCUCAUGACUCUCAACUUCGUGUUCACAACUGGAAAGUAUAAUGGUAGCACGUUGAGUGUACUUGGCAGGAACCCGGCACGUCAUAAGUAUCGUGAGAUGCCUAUCGUUGGUGGUUCAGGAAUUUUUCGAUUGGCUAAGGGAAUCGCCACCGCGAAAACCUCUUGGCUGAAUUCUACCGGUGCUGUUGUUGAGUACAAUGUUAUAGUCCUGCAUUAUGACAUUUGAUGUGUUUUGCUUCUUUUUUUUUAAUUAUUAUUUGUAAUUUCAUGUUCAUUAUAGUUGAAUGUAUACUUCUAUAGUUUAUGUAUUUUGUUGUCACAAUAAAGAUGUGUGUUGAUCAAUGAAAUGACACCUUUG